UUUCAGAAAGUUUCGAAAUGGUGCUCUCCGUCGAAGAAUCGAAGCAAAUCGCGAUUCAUUUUGCUUCGUUGGAAGAUAAUGUUAAAGCGGUCUCGCCACAUCGCAAUGAAUUUCUUGCUGUUAUUAAAGCUUUCUCAAAUGGGGUGUAUCUACCAUUAUGGUUUGAGACACUGUACACGCACGAAUUUCGACGCAUUGGAAAAGUGAUAGCCGAUGCAAGUGGGGAAGACAUUCAGCUGCCGGUUGCUGAUGACGUCAUUGAGUCCUCCAGUCGUCCAAUAGUUUAUUUGAAUGAGACGUGCCGACGAGUUUUUGAAAUCUGUUUAAGCAUCCAAUUUCUAACUCCUCACCUCGCAGACAUCAAGCAGAUUCUCGGAAAUUUCUGGAAAACUUAUUCCGAACCCCGUAUUGCAGAGGAGGUUUUGAAUACAAUUGAGCGAUUCUGCGUCAUCACCAUGGGGAGAUAUGUUAGAAAGAUAUUAUGUUACAUGAAUGUAAAAUUGGAUUGGUUCGAUUUUCACUUCGAUUUCACGUCGCAACCAUCUCGUGAAUUGUUGAAAACUGGUGUUAAACGACGUAAAAAUCUGCGAUGGGCAGGUGUACAGGAAAGAGAAGUGCCCGCUCUUACAUCAACAGGAUUGGUACUUCCUAAGUGCACAAAAAAUCCAAACGAUGAAGGUUUUACUUUUCAUUGUGAUCUAUGUUCGUUCGGCACCAACUGCAACAUACAAUUUUUAAACGUUCAUUUCUAUUUCGAGCAUGUGAGGAAAGAAAAGAGCAAUGCGGAUCUAGAAUCUGCCCAUCAAGCACGCUUCACCAUACUAGCUGAAAAGCUCACCAAGCUAGCUGACCGCCUCAACCAGAUCGAACCGUUCUUCGAAGAAUUGAAACGCUACAAUGGUUUGAACUUUUGGUAUUUAGAGAUGCUGUACAGUUACGACAUUAACUCUCUUGCAAAGAUGGCACGCGCAAAAGCUGGAAUACAGUCAGAAGAAAAUCCUAUGCUGCCUCUUUCAAGCGCGAGAAAAGUCGCCGAACAUCUAUUCGACAUUCAACAUAAUAUUAUUCAAGUAAUAGUUCUUACUAUUUGUUUCAGCCUUAAACUCUGAUUUUAGAUAGAAACAUGCUUCUUCGAACUCCAUUUGAUCAUUCAAUCCACUUCGGAUCACCACAAACAGCUUUGUGAAACAAUUUUCACAAAUUUCAAUUAUAUGUCAAACUAUGAUAACCGCUUUGUCGAUCUAGGAACGUUUUUCUUACAAUCUAAUGGGAUUUGCGUAGAACAGUUCAAAAUGAAAAACGGGUGUGUCAUUGAUAAAGAAGGUUUGGAACAAGCAAAAGAUAACGGAUUCCAAAUUGUAUGUACUAAAUGCGCGUUCAAGUGCAUCACAGUUACAUCUUUUAACCUUCAUUUCUAUUUCAAACAUGCCGAUUGGGACAAUGAUCAAAAGCCACUUCCAAUCGAAGAUUUUGCAAUUGUGGAUGAUAUAUUCGAGUCGUCGUUUGAAAUAAUUUAAGAAACUAUACAACUGACGAAAUAAAUACAAAUAACUAUUUUUAACCAUUAUAAUUAUGCAUUUUAUGUUUAUUCCUCAAAUUAAACAACAAAUAAAUCGAAACAAA